AUGGCGCAUCUUCCCAAACGUCUCACAGGAGACCAGGCUGCCAUCAACCAGUUCCUCGAUCAAUUCGACAUCUUCUUGUUUGACUGCGAUGGCGUCCUCUGGUCCGGGGACCAUCUAUUCCCUGGAACGGUCGAGACGCUGGAGCUGUUAAGAUCAAAAGAGACAGGGAAGAAGAUUGUCUUCGUCACGAAUAACUCGACCAAGUCUCGUGCUGACUAUCAGAAGAAGCUGACGGGUAUGGGGAUACCGAGCAAUGUUGACGAAAUAUUCGCAUCAGCAUACUCCUCGGCCAUUUACAUCUCGCGAAUCCUGAAGCUUCCAGCACCAAAGAACAAAGUAUUCGUACUCGGCGAAAGUGGUAUCGAGACUGAGCUCAAAUCCGAGGGGAUUGAAUUCAUUGGUGGAACGGACCCGGCUUAUCGACGGGAUAUCACACCUGAGGACUACGCAGGAAUUGCCGAUGGCUCACUCUUGGAUGAAAAUGUUGGGAUAGUCCUGGCUGGCUUGGACUACCACAUCAACUACCUGAAGCUCUCGCAUGCCUAUCAUUACCUUACCCGGGGAGCGAAAUUCCUGGCCACAAACACAGACAGCACGCUCCCAUCAAACCAUGCGUUCUUUCCCGGAGCAGGCUCGAUCUCGAUCCCUUUGGUAAAUAUGACAGGGCAGCAACCCAUCGUUCUGGGAAAGCCAAGCCAGGCAAUGAUGGAUUCGAUAGAGGGGAAAUUCCAAUUUGAUCGAAAGAAGGCCUGUAUGGUCGGUGAUCGAUUGAACACAGAUAUCCGAUUUGGUAUAGAAGGGAAGCUUGGCGGGACUUUGGCCGUCCUGACAGGUGUUAGUAAGAAGUCUGAAUGGGAGGCUGAAGGGGCCCCAAUUGUUCCAGCGUAUUACGUGGAUAAAUUGAGUGACUUGAUGGGCUGA